AUGGGUGAUUUGCCUGUUGAAGCUCUGUGCGUGGUGGUGCUCCACGCCUUCGACUGGGAGGGCGCGGCGGCGACGGGGGCGGCGCAGGCCCUGCUGCAGGGCGAGAAGGGCGCCUGGAGGCUGGUGACGCAGGGCGAGCCGCCGCCCGCCGUCCGGAGUGUGAGCGUAAGGGCCGGAGGGCUGUACGUGUUGGCCUUGCCUAAGGUCCUGGAGCAGGUGGCGCGCUUCUGCGGCGCGCUCGCGAAACUGCGGCUCAAGGAUCCCUACGCUCUGUACGUCGCUCUGCCCUGGGAACCCUUCGCAGCCGUCAAGCAAAGUUGGGCCAUACAAGUGGCCAAGUACUGUUCCUCGGCGAAUGGCGCAGCAAUAUCACCAUUGGCUGUACGGUUCGCUACUUUAUUCAUAAUUCAAAGUCAUUCUUCUUUCAAGACACGAAUCUUAUUCGUCAGAUAUUUUCGGAACGCAAUGAAUAACGUGUUUUCAUAUAUCGUAGGAGCCUCAGUGGCCAUGGAGACAAUAGAGAGUUUCUGUGCGUGGAAUAGAAGUAUCAAUUCCAUCGACGACCAUAAGAAUUGGGCUUGGAGGUGGCGAAACCUCAAAUUGUCACAUUCUUAUAGCCGAUUUGAAAGAGAUAGAUGGGAAAACAAAGAUAAU